CUUGAUGUGUCCUUUUAAUUAUCCAUCUUAUAAUUAAAUAAGCAAACAUCCAACGUAAUCCUUGAACAAAUCAAAUGGAAUUAAGUUGACAACAUGAGAUUCCAACACUAUAAAUACCACCAUUUCAAUUGUUUGUUUCGUCACCUAAAAAUCAACAGAAAAUAAGAGCUAUGGCAAAGUACACUACUUUUCUUGCCCUCCUCUUUUGCCUCGUCCUUGUUGCUGCAACUGAAAUACAAAUGGCAGAAGGAAAAUAUUGUUGGAAAAAGAGUGACAAGUGGAAUGGGCCUUGUCAAUACUCUUACAAAUGUAGUCAUCAUUGCAAACACUAUUAUGGAGCUAAAUAUGGUAUAUGUAAGAAGUACAAACCAUGGGGUCACAAAUAUUACUGGGCAAAAUAUGCUUGCUACUGCUACUCACCUUGCCACUACUAA